UUUUAUGGAGUGCUUCAGGGUGAUAUGUUGGAGAUGAUAUUGUCAAGUGAAAAAGGUCGACUCAGUGAACGCAUUACGCAGUUUCUUGUAGCUCAGAUUCUUGUCGCUCUUCGUUACCUUCAUAAUCAAAAUAUCGUCCACUGCGAUUUGAAACCAGAGAACAUCCUUUUGACAUCGAACUCGGAUUUCCCGCAGGUGAAACUGUGUGAUUUCGGAUUUGCGCGUAUCAUCGGGGAGAAGUCGUUCCGGCGCUCAGUCGUGGGCACACCGGCUUAUUUGGCUCCGGAAGUGCUUCGGAAUAAAGGCUUCAAUCGAUCACUCGAUAUGUGGAGUGUCGGUGUCAUAGUCUAUGUAAGUCUAUCCGGCACUUUUCCUUUCAAUGAGGACGAAGAUAUUCAUGAUCAAAUUCAAAACGCAGAAUUUAUGUAUCCUCCCAAUCCAUGGAACGAAAUAGGAGAUGUUGCCAUCCAAUUCAUCAACGGAUUACUGCAAGUAAAAAUGAAUAAGCGAUUUACGGUGUCGAAGGCGUUGUCGCAUAUCUGGAUGCAGGGCUAUGAGCUGUGGUCAGAUUUACGAUUACUGGAGCGAUUGGUGGGUGAACGUUUCCUAACACAUGAAAGCGAUGAUGCACGAUGGAGUGAAUUCGAGAAAGCCCAUAAAUUAACACCUGUUUACGUUUGA